AUGAACAGGAAGGCACGCCACACUCUCCUCCUCCCUCUCUGCUGUGAGAACUUCCUCAAGGAAGGCACGCCACACUCUCCUCCUCCUCCCUACUGUGAGAACUUCCUCAAGGAAGGCACGCCACACUCUCCUCCUCCCUACUGUGAGAACUUCCUCAAGGAAGGCACGCCACACUCUCCUCCUCCUCCCUACUGUGAGAACUUCCUCAAGGAAGGCACGCCACACUCUCCUCCUCCCUCCCUACUGAAGGCACGCCACACUCUCCUCCUCCCUCUCUGCUGUGAGAACUUCCUCAAGGAAGGCACGCCACACUCUCCUCCUCCUCCCUACUGUGAGAACUUCCUCAAGGAAGGCACGCCACACUCUCCUCCUCCUCCCUACUGUGAGAACUUCCUCAAGGAAGGCACGCCACACUCUCCUCCUCCCUCUCUGCUGAAGGCACGCCACACUCUCCUCCUCCCUCUCUGCUGUGAGAACUUCCUCAAGGAAGGCACGCCACACUCUCCUCCUCCCUGCUGUGAGAACUUCCUCAAGGAAGGCACGCCACACUCUCCUCCUCCUCCCUACUGUGAGAACUUCCUCAAGGAAGGCACGCCACACUCUCCUCCUCCCUACUGUGAGAACUUCCUCAAGGAAGGCACGCCACACUCUCCUCCUCCUCCCUACUGUGAGAACUUCCUCAAGGAAGGCACGCCACACUCUCCUCCUCCUCCCUACUGUGAGAACUUCCUCAAGGAAGGCACGCCACACUCUCCUCCUCCUCCCUACUGUGAGAACUUCUUCAAGGAAGGCACGCCACACUCUCCUCCUCCUCCCUACUGUGAGAAAACUUCCUCAAGGAAGGCACGCCACACUCUCCUCCUCCCUCUCUGCUGUGAGAACUUCCUCAAGGAAGGCACGCCACACUCUCCUCCUCCCCCCUACUGUGAGAACUUCCUCAAGGAAGGCACGCCACACUCUCCUCCUCCUCCCUACUGUGAGAACUUCUUCAAGGAAGGCACGCCACACUCUCCUCCUCCCUCCCUACUGAAGGCACGCCACACUCUCCUCCUCCCUCUCUGCUGUGAGAACUUCCUCAAGGAAGGCACGCCACACUCUCCUCCUCCCCCCUACUGUGAGAACUUCCUCAAGGAAGGCACGCCACACUCUCCUCCUCCCUCUCUGCUGUGA